GUGAGGCCGUAGUUGUCAACGCAGACCUCAGCCUUCGCUCCAUGGGGCCGAUUUCAGAACUCAAUAUGAUGUACACACUUGAUUGCUAUUUCCGACAAAGAUGGAUCGACCGGCGACUGGCGAUGAAUGUCUCUCUGGAAAAUUUAACCCUAGGGAUAAAAAUUCUGGAGAGAAUUUGGCACCCUGACACCGUGUUCUACAACGGUCAGAAAAGCUUCCUCCAUUCGAUCACCUCCCACAACAGGUUUCUUCGGAUCGGCAUCAACGGUUCGGUGCUGUUUUCUCAAAGGUUGACUGUUCAAGCUACCUGCCGCAUGAACCUGGAAUACUUCCCCAUGGACGUGCAGAAUUGUCCGCUCUUGUUUGGCAGUUUUGCCUACACAACUGAUGACGUCACAUACACAUGGCGCUACGGACACAGCGGCUCCAUUGAGCUGGCGCCAGAUCUUCGCCUGUCCCAGUUUGACCUUAUAGGAUUUCCAGUGACAAACUACACUGGGCACUUGAAAGGGGGUGAGCCGGCUGUUGCUCUUCCGCUCUAUUUUUCCUUAUUUCAUGAACUAUGUCUGCCUAUCGUUCUUAUUCCUCUAGCGCCACACACUGUGCUCUGUGUUACCUUCAAGCUGAGCCGACAUACCGGAUACUUCCUAAUAAACCUCUACCUCCCGUGUUGCCUUCUGGUGGUUCUGUCUUGGGUGUCCUUUUGGAUCAACAGGGAGGCCACAGCAGACAGGAUAGCACUUGGCUCCACCACUGUGCUGACCAUGACCAUCAUUGGGAUAGAGAACAAGAGCCAGCUGCCCAAGGUCUCCUACGUCACGGCCAUGGAUGUCUAUGUGGCCCUCUGUUAUGUCUUUGUCAUCGCCACAACCAUUGAGUUUGCCGCGGUGCAUUAUUUUACUAAGUACGGUACUGGAGAGCCACGCCUGGUGCCCAAUGAUGACGACAGUUCGCUCGAUGAGAUUUCCGAAGACAACUUGAGCCUGGAUUCCCCUGCCUUGAGAAACGGAAAGUUUAAAGUUCAGGCGUACCCUUGGCCUCCAAACGUAGCUAAUGUCAAGGUUGGGAUCAUGGCCAAGUUGUGUCACUGUCUCACCAGGACAAAGAGGAAAAGAAGCGGAUACAAAGGGAAACUAACUGCGUUCAGCAACAGCGUCAGCCAGGUUGAUCGAGCAGCCAGGGUGUUAUUUCCCCUGACCUUCACUAUGCUGAAUGUGGUCUACUGUAUAGCCUACUACUUGUGGGCGUUCUCAGGGGACUGA